AUGGAAGAAAAACCUAAUAACAAAAGGGUUUUAAGCACAUCGACAGAGCUAGAGCAGGAGCAGCAACAGGAGCUCGACUUUUAUCUUCCUACAGAUAUUCUACUGUUCGUCUUCACUCUACUGAGCUUUAAAGACACAGCUCGGGCUGCCGGUGUCUGCAGGAAAUGGCGAGCCGCUGCCGCCACCGUUCAAAAUUUGGGCACACCACCGCGGCUUCUGCACCUUCCAACUAUAUAUAGUUACCAUCGGUAUGAAUUUGUGGACCUUUCUUCGAGACAGUCGCACAGCCUCAGCUUGCCAAAAUGCCGAAGAGGUAGACUCUACCAUGUCCGGGAUCGUUGGAUGCUGUUUUUCAAGGCGAGCAUGCGAGCCUUCACAUUAUUCUGUCCAUACACAACUGACUCGGUUCAACUACCUCGAUUAUCCGAGGAGUUCAAAGGAGCGGCUUUCUCAGGAAAUCCAAAAUCGCCAGACUGUGUCGUCGUCGCUAUAAAUAUAUCUUUGUACACACGCGCAACCAUCUCAACUUGUCGCCCGGGGGAUGAUAAAUGGACGACUGUCACUUAUCAAUCGCAGUACCCAUUCCCCGACUGCAUUUGGAGCUGUGCAGUAGCCUGCAAUGGUAGUUUCUACUGGAUGAGCCCCUCAGGAAGGGUGGGAAUCUUCGAUCCAACGAGAAACAACUGGAGAGUCUUCAAUGCCGAGCAUGACCAUUUGGUAAACGGUGGUUUCCCAAAUAGAAGGAGGUGGUUCAUGGCGGAGCACGGCGGGGAGGUCUUUCUUGUCCGGACAUGCAUUGUUUGUUCAGUAGCAGUCUUUAAGUUCGACCAGACUGAAUUGGACUGGGUGGAGGUGAGAGAUUUGGGUGGGAUAACAAUCUUUGUAAGCCCUAAAGGUUCCUACAUAAAGGAUAAGAUGCCUGGGCGGAUGAGAGACUGCAUUUUCUUCUCGGACGACCAGUACUUCAUGAGGUAUUUAAGGCACCAGAAAAGAUACUUUAGGGAGGCUCUAAUUCGCCCUAAGGAACAGCAUGAAGCUGUUUGGAUCGAUGCACCUGAGGAUGAUUCUGUUCUUCAGGGAUCUUCCAAGCCAGCAACCUAA